AUGGCGCUCUGGAUUUUAGCAACAAGCCCUGCAGGGGACUCUGAUGUGUUUGAGUUGGAAAACCCCCGCUUCUGCUGUAGAAAUAAAGAGUCUGCUUCUAGUGUUCAGGAUCUGGAAAGAGAACUCACCUGUGUGAUGCUGAGAACUGUGGCCACGCUUCUGAAAGGCUCGGUUCGGAAUGCAGUUGUCCUGAAAGACCACGGAAUGGUGCCCUUCAUCAAGAUCUUCCUGGACCACGAGUGCUACCGGGAGACCUCGCUCAGCAUCUUGGAGCAGCUGUCAGUCAUCAACACCGAGGAGUACAUGAGCAUCAUUGUGGGUGCUCUGUGCUCAUCCACUCAAGGGGAGCUGCAGCUGAAACUGGAUCUCCUUAAGUCUCUGCUCCGGAUCUUGCAGACUCCCAAGGGCCGUGCUGCUUUCAGAGUCUCCAGCGGGUUCAACGGGCUGCUGACCCUGCUCUCAGACCUGGAGGGCUCUCUCCAUGAGCCCCCGCUGCAGGCAUGGGGGGCCGUGACCCCCGGCCAGACCCUGGGGCUGGUGCUGCACACUCUUUGUGCCAUGUCUGUCGCGCUGCACCUGGACCCUGUCAACGGCGACUUCUUCAGGAGGAACGGGCUCUUUGAGAAGCUGGCCGAGGACCUGUGCCUGCUGGGCUGGCUGACACGAAGGCCAGGCCAUUUGCUGAUUUGCUGA